AUGAAGAAUUUAACAUAUUUAAAUAAUUCAGUUAACAUAAAUAUCAUAAAUGUAUAAAAUAUUUAAAUUAGUGAUAGUUAGUUCAAUAAUAACACAGGAAUCAAUGGUGGAGCUUUAUUUAUUGAAAAUAAUUUUAUUAAAUUUAAUGUUUCUAACUCUACAUUUUAAGGGAAUGUUGCUAAAGCAAGUGGUGGAGCUAUCUAUUUUAAAGAACAGCAAGGAAUAAUUAAUAUUGAUAAAUUUUGCAGCAUUAAAUAAAAUCAUGCUCAAAUUGGUGGAGGUUUUAGAAUUCAAAAUUCUAAUUUAUAUUAAUAUUCUACUCAAUUACUUAGUUAAGUGAGAUUACUAGACAUACAUAAUAACACUGCUGAUAUAUUUGGUUAAAAUUACAAUCUGGGUUUAUCUAGCAUUGAUGUGAUUUCAAUUACUUCAGUAAUCUAAGAUAAUUCACCUAUCAAAUAUAAGUUCAAAUAGAAUUUAAAUCAAGAAAUGUAUUCAGGGUAGCUAAAUUUAUUCAAUUUAAAAAGUGGAGACAAACUUAAUAUAGUAUUAGGUAUUAAGGAUGAAGAAAAAAAUUUUUUAGCUUUCGAGACUAAAAUAUUUCAAAACAAUCAAUAUCAAACUGAAAUCUAAAACGAGCUUUCCUAAAUUAGCUUUAGUCUGCAACAAAUAGAUCAAUAGUAAAUUUAACUUGAAGGUUAAAUUGCUAUACUCUCAGAUUCUUUUGAUUCUUAAACAAAAUCUUUUGCUUUUACUUAAGUAUCUAUUAUGGGUUAACCACUUGGCGUUGGAUAAUUAAAAUUAAAUUAUUAAAUAAAUAAAUUUGAAUAAAAACCUAUUAUAGUGUCUGUUUAAUUUAGAAAUUGUAUAAUAGGAGAAGAAUUUAAGCAUUUAAUAUUUAGUAUAUAUAGCUGCUAAUAUUGCUAAAUUGGUUCCUACUCUCUAGUAAACUAUGAUAGUUAUAAUAUAACUUACAUUAAUAGUUAAAACAUAUAAUCAAGUUGUAAGUAAUGUCCUAAAAUUGCUGAUUAAUGUUAAGGGAGCACUAUUUAGCUAAAGAAUGGACAUUGGAGAGUAAGUAAGCACUCAGAUUAAAUAAUACAAUGCGUAAAUAAUCCUAUAAGCUGCCAGGAAUCAGAUAUCAGCUCUAUUAAUGGGUGUAUUAAGGGAUAUUUAGGCCCUUUAUGUGAAGAAUGUGAUAUUUUUGGAGUUUUUUGGCAAGAAAGCUCUGAUCCUUUUAAUAUUGAAUAAAAUAUAAGCUUUUUAAGUGAAAAAAUACCAUAUUUACACAAUGUUAAAUGUAAAAAUUCUAACUCAGCAGAGCAGGAUACAAAUAAUUGCAUAAAUAUUUAUUCAUAAUCAUUUGCUAGCAAGAAUAUUAUCAAUCAGAAAAAUUCUGAUUUUUAAGAUAUCAAAAAGGAAGUAGAAUCAUUAGAAAGUAUAUCUACAAUUUAUGAAAAGCUAAAUAGUAAAGGUUAUAUGAAAUAAUUAAGCGAUUUUUUAGAUCAUUUAAUAUUAGAAGAGCUUAAUUUCACUUAUGCAGAACUUCAAAAAAUAAUGAUGAAUCUUGCGAAUUAGAAAAAUUUGAAUUUUAAUGAAUAGUUUCAAAUAAACUGCAAUAUCUUUAAAACAUGCUUCUUUCAAAUUAUAAAUAUAAUUGUUUAAAAAUCCUGGUAGAAAUAGUAUGGAGCUUUGCAAUAAACUAGUAUACCAAGCAUAUAGUAAAUUCAUGAUAAAAUAGAAAAUGCAAGUAUAAAUGAAAGCCAAAAAAAUGAAAAUAGAGGCGUGUUGAGCUUAGAGAAUGAAAAACUUAACUAAAUAAAAGAACAAUAAAUUAUUUAGAAUAAUUAAAAAUUAGAUUAGUAUUAAAUUUAUAAAGUAUCUAACUUAUCUUAGCUUUACAAAAGUGAUCAGUUAGAAUAAAUUAUGUCUGUUGGAGCUAUCUCUUCAGAAGAAAGUGUUUAUUAAAUGAGUUAAUAAAAAAUUUAGAUUGACCCUUCUAAGGAAUCACAUUUAUAUACUCCUAGUAAUACAACAAACGCCACAGCCUAUGAAAAUACAUCUGAAUGUAAAGAUACCAGACGAAGAACUAAAUCAAGCAUUAAUCCAAAAGAAUAUUUAAGAUAGUUGGCGAAGUCAGAUUAAAAGCUUUCACUAUUGUUAAAUAUAAACGAGUAUGAUAAGACACACAUGUUCAAAAAAAUAUUAGAAAAGCAUAAACAAAGUUUAAUAUAUAGUCCUAAAUAGCAAUAAACUGUUAGAAAUAGUGUAAUGAGGUCUUCAUUUUUUAGUCCAAGCCAUUCAUGCAAUAAAAAAGAAGAUCUGUUCAUUAUAAAUUUAAGUGAAUUUGCUUAAAACAAUACAAAACUAAAGUAGUCUUUUAGUAUUAGUGAAAGGAGGAGUAAUGUAAAUUAAAUUAAAUAAACUCCAUCUCCAUGUGAUUAUGAUGUAAAAAAAUCUGAAAAGUUUGUAAGACCUAAUUCUCCUACUUAAGCAUUUUCAAAAUCACCUAGGCAAUCUUGGAUAGACCUUUAGACAAAAAAAGAAGGAGUUUAUUAAAUUUAUACUCAAAAAAAAAAUGACACAAAAAGAUCUAACCUAUCUGUUAAAAAAAUUACUUCAAAUUCUGGAGUAAAAUGA